AAAAAAAAAAAAAAAAAAAGAAACACGGAGAAGAAGAAGAAGGGUUACAUUCUUCUUCCGGUUUCAUUUCUCUCGCGUAACCCCUAUUUUUUUUUUCAGAAACCUCGAUGUAUGACUUUCAUGCCCUCGUCAUAGAUAGCAAAACAUGAUGCCCGUUUGCUCUCUCUUUCAAAACCCAGCCUCAAUUGUUCCAAACUCAACUCCUUCUCCUUUGAUCCCUAGUUUCUCCCUCCCAACCCCAGCUUCCAACCUAAGAUUAUUGCCCAUUACGAGUGAUCUCAAGUUGGGCAAGAGGAACCGCAGGCUCAGAGCCGUUGAGAGCAGUGGAAGCGUUGAUGAGGAUGAGGAACUUUGCCCUGUUGACUGUGUGAGGGAGUUCUACACUGACGAGGAGUUCCUAAAGAUACUGGAGAAGUCAAAGGAGACCAAGUCUCUGGUUGUGGUCGAUUUCUACCGGACUUCGUGCGGGAGCUGCAAGUACAUAGAGAAGGGGUUUGCGAAGAUGUGCCGAGGGGCCGGGGAUAGGGAUGAUUCUGUCGUCUUCCUCAAGCACAAUGUGAGUGUCUAG